UGUUAAUCAAAACAGAAAAAAUAAUGGAAGAACAUAAGAAUGGUCAAAUGAAGAUUGAAACAGGAGAAUAUGGUUAUGUUCUUGAAGAUGUUCCUCAUUUGUCUGAUUAUAUACCUAAUCUCAAUACAUAUCCCAAUCCAAUGCGAUUCAAUCCUGCAUAUUCCGUCGUAAAGCAAUAUUUUGUCGAUCUUGAUGAUACCGUGCCAGAAAAGGUUGUUUUCCAGAAGAACGAUCCAAGAGGGGUACAUUUUCGACGGGCUGGCCCCCGCCAAAACGUUUAUUUUUCACCUGAUGAUGUGCAUGCUUGUAUCGUAACGUGUGGGGGUUUAUGUCCUGGAUUAAAUACUGUGAUUAGGGAAUUAGUAUGUGCCCUUUAUCAUAUGUAUGGUGUCACCAAGGUUCUUGGAAUUGAUGGAGGAUACAGAGGUUUCUACUCAAAAAAUACCAGAACAUUGACACCCAAAGUUGUGAAUGAUAUUCAUAAACGAGGGGGUACGAUUCUUGGUUCGUCUAGAGGGGGGCAUGACAAGUCAAAGAUUGUUGAUAGCAUUCAAGACCGUGGUAUUAAUCAGGUUUAUAUUAUUGGAGGUGAUGGAACUCAAAAAGGUGCAGCCAUAAUUUUUGAAGAAAUUAAGAAAAGAGGAUUAAAAGCUAUUGUUGCUGGGAUUCCGAAGACAAUUGACAAUGAUAUUGCGGUCAUUGACAGGUCAUUUGGUUUUGAUACUGCUGUUGAAGAAGCCCAACGUGCUAUUAAUGCUGCACACGUCGAAGCAGAGAGUGCAGAAAAUGGAAUAGGGGUAGUCAAACUAAUGGGGCGCUACAGCGGAUUCAUUGCAAUGUAUGCAACUCUUGCAAGUCGUGAUGUAGAUUUAUGUUUGAUACCAGAAUCACCUUUCUUUCUAGAAGGUGAAGGUGGGCUUUUCGAAUACGUAGAGAAACGGGUCAAGGAACAUGGACACAUGGUUAUUGUUGUCGCUGAAGGAGCCGGUCAAGAGCUUGUUGCAGAAAGCAAUAAUUGUUCAACCGCAAACGAUGCUUCAGGAAACAAACGACUUAAAGAUGUUGGAAUGUGGCUUUCCGAAAAUAUUAAGGAUCACUUCGCAAGAAAGAGCAACAUGUCAAUUACACUUAAAUACAUUGAUCCUACCUACAUGAUCCGUGCCGUUCCAAGUAAUGCAUCUGACAACAUCUACUGUACUCUACUUGCUCAAAGCUGUGUUCAUGGAGCCAUGGCAGGGUUCACCGGUUUCAUUACCGGGCUUGUGCAUGGUCGACAAACAUAUAUUCCAUUCAAUCGUAUAGUGGAUCAUCCUAAUAAAGUUGUGAUCACCGAUAGAAUGUGGGCAAGGGUACUUGCGUCCACAAAUCAGCCAAGCUUUUUAAGACCAACAGAAUUGAUUGAAUUUCAGAGAGCGGAAGAACCAGGGUCACAGUUGUUGGAAAGACAAAGCAGUAGGAGUUCAGGUAAAAACUGA